AUGAAGUUCCAAUCUCUCCUCUUUCUCGCUGUCGGCGCGAUUGCUGCACCGGCCCCUGAGCCCGCUGAUGCUGGUGCUACCGUCCCAGCCGUCCGCCUCUUGUGCUCCGGCCUCUGGACGGGAAAUGACCUAGGAUAUAGUGAUAUCGAUUGGGCUAUGCAUAACCGCCGGAAUGAGCUCCAGCUUAAUGCUGGGUGGUGGAACCAAGUCAACACCCAAUGCACUUCCACGGACGGCAGAAACAUCGCACAGAAGGGUAUUUGGAUCACAUACAACCAUGCCCGAGAUCUUCAGGCGAGGACAAAUCUCAAGAAUAACGGCGCCAUUGUUUGUACGCCGCAAAGCUCAUGGAGGCUCAAGUGCGACCGGAGUUGA